CCUGUUGUAAGGAUUACGUCGUCCCACUCGUAGUGAGAAAUUCGACCGCAGUUGUCAAAGCUGCGUUUGGGCUAGAUAAUAUCCGAUCAUACUAUUUCUAAGACGGUUAACUAGUAGAAUACGAUGUUUUCACAAUAUAGAAUAUUUCAGACAUGUUUGGCCAUACACGCCUGGUUUGCUUUGGCGUGGUGUUUUAGUGAUUCGGACGCAGGGCCUUCAGCUGCAUCUUUACAAGCAAAUGGAGACCUAUUCAAGAUUGAGGGUCGUGCAAUUGUUCCAGGCGUAAAAUCGCAAGAAUGGGUGUCCUCAUCUCGUGUUAUGGUUGAAGGAGAGGAGUAUGUAGGCUUCUUAAGGACGGAUGGAAGCUUUGUUGUCAAUGAUGUUCCUUCUGGCUCCUACGUUGUUGAGGUGGUGUCCCCUUCUUUUAAAUUCGAGCCCGUGAGAGUGGACAUAACGUCCAAAGGGAAAAUCAGGGCACGUCAAGUGAAUUACAUUAAGACCUCAGAGGUCGUCAGACAGUCAUAUCCACUCCAGGUGAGGUCUCCAGGUCCACAGACAUAUUUCAUGAAGAGGGAAACAUGGGGCUGGUCAGAUUUUCUCAUGAACCCAAUGGUAAUGAUGAUGGUCCUUCCGUUAUUGAUCAUUGUUCUGCUACCCAAAGUUGUCAAUACCAAUGACCCAGAGAUGAGAAAGGAGAUGGAGCAGUCCAUGAACAUGCUAAACCCCAACCCUGAGCUGCCCGACGUCUCUGAGUUUAUGACCAAACUCUUCUCUAAGGGCUCCUCCAAGCCAGGUGGGGGCAGCAAAGGGAGCCGCAGCGCAGCGGUCAAGCGGAGGUAGUGCCGUGCUCCCGGCCAUCGUGCCGUGAUCUGAGCGACUGUGCUGAAAUGUCAGUUCUACUGCAUCGCUUCUCUCCUCAUGUCUUCUCUUCCUUUGUAAAUAUAUAUUUUGUUUUCACCCCCUCCGCGCACACACAUGCACACAGAAAUGCAUUCAUUGUCGAGGAGCAUGGGCCUAAAGAGUGGUUUUGUGUAGUCUUAUUUGUGCGGUUUUGUGUUGGGUUAAUUUUUCUAAGUUGCUCUUUUUUUUUUUUUUUUUAAAGUUCCUACUUAUUUGUAAUUGGAUGUAUUUUGCACCAGUUGCAACUGUCAUCACUCCUCAUAAUGCCAGGAUAUCCUCUCAGGAUAUCCUGGCAUUAUGGAUAUGAAUCAGGUGAAUAGCAACUCACCUAUGUCUGUUACUCAACUCCUCUAUCGCUGCUGCAUUUGAGAUUCCAUUUCCCAUUAACAGGUUCAGCUCAUUAACAUUAACGAUGUACUGGGGAUUGGUUCCAUUAUGCUUUAGAUGCAGUGCAAGGAGAUGCAGUGGGAUUGUGUGAGGUAUCAGAAUGUGUGGAGUUAUUCCUUUUUUUUUUCUUGGUAUCUGCACUUUUGGGGUUGUGCACUAAAGUAAAAUCAAAGUGGAAUCGAUCCCCCCCAACCCAUCUGUGUUUCCAGUGCUACUUGAACAAAAGCUAUAGGCCUGAAUAUUCAUUAUGAGAUUUUUGUUGAGCUAGCAAACAUAACUGUGAAUGAAAAUGAGAAAUUUUAGCUAUAUGAGACUUAUUUAAAUAAAAGUUAUGAUCAAUUGU